UCUGAGUAUGAAUGGUGUUUUAUAAAUAAACUUGCCUUGCCUAGCAUAUUGGAUAUUGGCAAAAAAUCCAAUAUGGUGCAUCCCUAACCACAACAAUAUUUUAGAAGUCAGGGAAGCUGCUCUGAAAAAAAUAUAGCAUCAAAAAUGCAUAUGAAAUGGCGUUCAAAAAGAAAAAAAAAAAGUAUACACAUUUGAUAAGAAGACGAGUUGUAACUCCAACCAACCAAGAAGACGUCUUGACCAAAAGAAAAUGAGGCUUGCGUUUCCUCAUAAAUAAUUAUUUGGUGGGUUUGUAUACACAAAGACAGGGUCGUCUUUAUGUUGAAUCUGAGAGCCUAAGUGUGUUUGGACAGUUUGUUAGAGCUCUGGCUGGAAACACCAUCCUCUUGAGAAGUUUGCCUGAUGAUUGGCUCCAUUCAUUCAAAGCCUGGUUCCUGGUAAAAAUCAGUAAAAGGAGCUUCUGUUCACUUCAACAUUUAGAGGAGAGAUUCUCAGAUGUGAACACAUUCUGUCCAACAGCUCACUGCUCAUACUGCAGACAUGCAGUUUCUGAUCCUGUUUGCUCUUUUUAGUGGGGUUUUUGCGGCCCCAUUUGUGAAAGAAGAGGAGGCAAAAGGAUUCAUCAGGCUGAAGAGGCAGUCAGGAUACUGGGAUCCACACAGUCCUCAGAAUCAGUGGGGUUACACGGUUCAGGAGCAGUUAACCAUACCCUGUGUGAUGAACCUACAUAAUGAUUCAGCUAAUGAGUACUGGACAGCCAUUCGAACAGAUGCUCAAUACUACAUGGAUAUGAGUCACCUGAUGUUCGACCGCUCUGUGGCUGGAAAACAACAGGCUAUAUAUGGAGAUGCUGCGAAAUGCACGAGCACAUCUGGAUAGUCAGACUGGCCGGCAAAGUUAAAACCAUAAAAGAAGACACUAAGAAGAUGAGAGAUCACAUUGUUGACAAAACAGUGCUGACCAGAGCCAAAACAAACAAGCCUAAGUUGAUUUAAACCUACCAGGAAUAUAUACAGUACAUAUUCCAAUUAUCUAUCUAUCUUUUAUUUGUUUUUAAAUGAGUACAUGAGCAAUAAACUUUGAAAUAUGAAUAUGAUAUGAUAGUACCAAGUAGGAUCAACAUGAACAAGCAACAAUUCACAUAUUGAGGCCACACUUGUUAUCAGUUUGAGAGUAUGAAUGAUUUGAGAAUGAAGGUCAGUAAUCAAACAAUUUAUUAAAUAAAGAUUUAAAUCAAGGUUAA